AUGGCAUCUUCACACUUGGUUAGACCGCCCAGUAGGACUGGAACAGCAAAUGGAAGCGAGCAUCUGGGACAUCCAAGAGGAGCUGCCUUUGAUGCCCUACGCUCCUUGUCUGCGUCGCCCACUCCUCCUCCACCCCCAGGGCCUUCGUCGCGAUCAUCUCCGAAGCCACAGAACAGGGGGAAUGCAGUUGGCAACACACUUCAUACUGGUCUUGCCGGAAAGAUUUGUGUACUUCGAGCGGAUGCUCUUUCACACCAGGCAGAUUUGGUGGUCUGUCCAGCCGAUCAGGGCCUCUCUUCAAACUGGAAUGAUGUUACUCAACGAAUACGUGAAGCCGCAGGCCCUAUGUUGAGAGCGACUCUUGACGACCGAUAUCCCCAAGGGCUUCAAACCCCACCGACUGAAUUGGCAGACACGAAUGAUGUGAACUCGCCGCUAAAGUCUUACUUUGGUACAGUAAAGCAUACGGACAGUUUUGAAAUGUCCAAUUGUGACUGGCUCGUACACAGUUGCCAACCGUUAUACUCAUCUGAUUCGAAUGUGGAAAGCGAUGACCCCGAGGCAUACAACUAUUCGCAAAUCGGAAUAAGAAACAACAGAAAAUACUGCAGUGUUAUGCUUGCGCUGAAAAGAGCACACAGAGUUUCAGUGGAAAAUCGCUCACGUAUGUUUACAGUUGCAAUUCCAGAAUUUCAGCAUGGUGGUCAAAUCACUCCACGAGACGAUGCUGUUUUGACCCUAAGCGCAUUAGUCAACUUCUUCAAUCAUCCAAUUUGGGGAGCUAGAAGGUACAACGCGAUAUUUCGUGUUGAUAUUCUUGUUGAACCCGGGAAAGCUGGAGAUGCAUAUGCCAAUGCGUAUGACUUUGCGUGGUUUGCAAUGAGAAUGAAUCUGGAGGAGAAAACCGGAACUCCUAACCCAAAGAAUGGAUUCCUGGGAAAGCCGUACCCGAUUGAGCAUCCUCAGCUACCAAUUAUCGAUCCGACGGCGAGCUAUUAUGCUAUGACAACUCGACAUAGUGUUGAUAUGGGUAGAAUGUCAUCGUUCAAUGUCUCCACGGACUUGGAUGUAAAACAGACGGAAGUUCACAAAAAAGAGGAAAUGAAACAUUAUGCUGGACACGAUGCCGACCCAAGUCAAAGGGAAAAUUGCUAUGACAGUACAGGAAGUCAAAAUUCAACCACCACAUUUCCUGUCCUUGCAGCCCUCACGUAUAUUACAAAGCAGCGGCGCCUGAGCUCACUUUCUCCCACCGCAGAAAUAGCACAAAGAUAUCGAAGCCCAUGCCCAUCACCAGAAACUCCGCGACAAGACAGAACGUUUACAAAUCAACAUCAACAACCAAUCACCGCGCAUAAUCCACCAAUUGCCACACCAAAAAAGUUGUUAUCACCACCACCCGGCUUUGCCCUCACGCCCAAGGAAGAGCCAGGUGUCACAUCUCGCUUCAGCUCUACUAGUACAAUUGUCCCUACUCUAACAAUUGAGAUCACGCCUCCGACGAAUUUAGAUAUUUUUCCAAGCAGAUCUCCGUCCCCGACUAUUGAACCUACGAAACUGCACUCACCGGUGGAAAUCGAAUAUGAUAUCAGGAAAAUCAAGAACUCUCGUGCUUCCUAUGAUGAGAUUCUAGUUGUGAAGACUCCGACUACGCCUUUUGCGAUGUCUCAGAUGAUGGCUAGCCAAUCUAACCAAUCUCACCAUAUCGAUAACAUUGAAGUACAGGAUGUAAACGUCGACUUCAGUGAUGGGUUCGUUGCUCAGAAUGUGCUGGAUGACGAUGAAUAUAGAUUUGAGGAGCCCAUCUUAGCACAACCUUCGGCUAGAAGCUCAAGGAAGAUGACGAGGGACUUACGAGCGCUGAAUGAUUUGAAUGGAGGGUUUGACGGACCUUAUUGGCAGAAUAAGCGGAUGAGGAAGAGAAAACGAGGGCCGGAAGAAGGAGGGUUUACGAGUGUUAAUUGA